AUGACGACAUUCUACCAUUAUGAUUCAAACGGCGCUGUUACGGCAUCAACUCCAUACCCUGCUGCAGAGAUGUCCACAUGUGGCCCUCUGGUAGCAGAUGCGUAUGAACAGCAAGGAGACGUCGUAGGAGCCUUCCUUGCACGCCGUGGCAUGGCCUACCCCGCACCUGGCGCCCCAGAAACACAGCAUUACUAUGGCCCCUCUUACCACCCGUCCAUAGCAGCAUCCAAAGGCGGCGUGGAUAGUGAAUCAGUCAACCGAAGCUACCAGUCCAGCGACGGUGAUGAAAAGUCAGGCUACACAGGUAGCCCUCCGCAUGGAGCUUCGAAUACGCUCGGCUGGGCAGGUUGGGCUUCGUUCUCAGCUAUGCCGCGCCCAUACUCAAACCCUGAAGAUGUCCGCCAUCUACAUACUCUACAGAGUUUGCUGCCUUACCUUCAGCCUGAGCGGAAACUCAACGCGCUUAAUGGGCUAGUAGUAGACAUAGUGGAGCAAGAUACUGGAGUCGUUCUCGCUUACCAGGUUCCAAAGAAGAUGCUUGUCCUCUUCCUUGGUCGUAGAGUGGUCAAUAGGUUUAUCCGCACCAUACACCGCGAGGACGAUGAGAAUUGGAGAGGCGCGCCAGUUUGUCAGGAGAUGAACCUGCCUCGAGGAGUUUCUAGUCAGGCUGCUAUGAAAGCUCUAAUAGCUUGGAUGUUCAGAGCCUGCCAGUACCAGACCAUGGGGUCGAUGAAGCAGAUCCGCAUUCCGAAGAAUACUUUUGUCGCCUGCUCUUUGGCUCAAACCAUGGAACUCUUCGAACUUCACAAAGAUGCGCUACGAGUCGAUCAUUACAUCGCCGAAAACCAUUUCGUUCGUCCAAUCUUCGCCGUAGAGUUAGAGACGCUCUGGAAUUGCCUGAGCAAAGAAAGCCGGUAUGUCUACGCGGCGAUCAAAGUGGUCGGUCAACGUAUAUGUGAAUCCCAAACGGAUAGCCCGGGUAGAGAGACGUUGAGCAAUAACGCGGAUAUGUUGGCUAUGCUGAAAGAGUAUCCGGGUCUUGAGGCGCGUGUGCGCGAUCCGAAACUGAACGAGCAAUAUCGACCAUCUUUCAACACAAAAUGGAUAAAGAGAAUGAGCGACAAGGAAAACGAUCGUCGAAAACAAAAGUCUAGGGAACCAAGAGACAGCCCUAGCAAGUCUCCGUUGGAGCGCUCUAAGAACGACCAGUCGAUAAAGAACUUGGGAGAGGUGCAACAGGAAGCGGAUCUGGAGACUCCAGCGCGCAAGUUUGCCGUUCUGCGCAUCGUCCCCGAGACCGCAAAGCCGGCGAUCAGCGACACUUGGAAGGACGCAGAACCAGAUCAGUACGCCAGGUAG